AUGGCACCAGACUUGCCAGCUAGCAAAUCAUAUCAUGAGUUGACGGAAGCCCUGGCAAAGCACUUAGCGCCGAAGCCACUGGCGAUCGCGAAGCGAUUCAAGUUACGUCAAAAGAAUCAAAGGGAAGGUGAGUCAAUCUCACAGUAUAUUGCAGAAUUACAACGUUUAGUCGAGCACUGCGAGUUUGAUGACAAGUUGGACGAUCAGCCAUGUGACCAGUUUGUCGCUGGAUUGCGGAGUGUAACCACACAGAAGAAGCUCCUCGGAGAAUCGAACCUGAUACUGAAAAGAGGCGUCGAUGUGGCCAAGUCAAUGGAAGCCGCCUAUAUUCAGGCUCAGCGCUUGCAAGGUACUUCCAUUUUGGUCAGAGAUGAGUCAGAAGGAUCUGUUGCAUUUGUGAGAAGGAAACAAGUGACAAAUGCGAAGGGACAGACCGCGGCUCGUCAGACGCCAGAGGCGUGUUCAGUUAUCGCUGUGGCAAGAAAGGACACCUUGCAGAAGCGUGUUGGCACAAGGAUAAAGAAUUUCUGCAUGCAAGAGCAGUACGAAGAUGAGCAUGGACGCAGGCGCAGCUGUGUCGCUAGUUUCAAGACGCACUUGGGAGGAAAAAUGGAGCAACCCUCUCGAGUCGACCUAAAUUAUCCUGACUACUUACUCAGGAGCCCGAUUGAAGGUUUUUGGUUGAACCGGGUUGAGAUUGCCACACCUACGUUAGAGAAGCUAUUGGAAGUACACGAGGAGCUAUUCGAAUCUGGUGUAGGAACUUUGAAAGAAUAUACUGCACAUUUGGAAAUCAAUAGAGAUGCCAACCCUCGGUUUUUUAGACCAAAGUCUUUGCCAUACCAGUUACGGGGUGCCAUCGAGAAAGAGUUGGAUUGUCCAGAAGCGAAUGGAGUACUAGAACGAGUCCAUACUAGUCGGUUCGCAACAUCAAUAGUACCUGUCCCAAAAAGUGAUGGCAGCGUCUGCAUUUGUGAGGAUUACAAGGUUACAGUUAAUCCCGAGCUGUCUAUUGACUAG